AAGUCCAAACCAACGGUGAGCCAAGUCCAAACAUCGGCCAACUCGAACAGUAUUCCAUGAAAUAUGAUGAAUAUGUAUCACGUAAGCUACAGAGCAGGUAGGAAAAAAGUGUAUCGUGAUAGCGAGCAAAGUCCAGGCCUCUAUGAAUAUUUCUUGAAUGAUAAUCAAUUAUCUUCUCUUUUACGAACAUACACUGAAAUACACUGAAAAGAGGGCUUCACGUCAAUCCAGCAGUCUUUUUUUUGUAAGUUCCGGGAAAAAAAAUCAAAAACAAUUGUGGGCCAAGUCCAAACAUCUGCCGAAUCGGUAUUUUACGAAAUGUGAUAACAAAAUAUGCAUUUAGAAAAAAAAACUGUAAUGCAAUAGUAGUCCAAACAUCACUAAGCAGUCUUUCAUAAAAGAUGCUAAAUAAUAAUCACUUAUCCAAACAUACAGUUAAAUGGUAUAUAAAGUCCAGAAAAUAGUGCAAUAGUGGUCCAAGUCCGAUACACUAAGGAAAAAAAAUAAUUGUGGUUGUAUCUUGACUUCACGAUGGCCCCUUUUUCGGUUCCACCCUGCCCUUGUGGUAACGGCGUCUUAUCGCCCCGUGCAUCUACGAAUCAAUCUAGCCCUCGUCGUCUUUGCUGCGUUUUCCGUCGUCAAUGAGCCGUGCGUGGCGGGAGCAAAUGAGGCUUUCAUGCUUCCCAUCAGCCCCACUUGAAAUGCUUUUGAAAGUCAGCCGAGGAGGAGGAGGAGGAGGAGGAGGAGGAUCAUCUUCGCUCUUCUCAGUGUCACGCUUGUUAAUGGGAUGAUCGCACACAGAGUUAACAUUUUUGCGCACGACUCGUGAACGCAGCGCCAUUGGGCUUGCACCUUUUCACCUCCUCAGAGGAUGCCAGCCAUUCACGGGUCACACACACACACACGCACACACACACACACACACACACACACCCAGACACACACAUCAGCAUCUGUGCCGCCUCCUUGUCCUCCUCCUCCCCUUUCGUAGCUUUCCUUGCAUCCUCUCUCUCUCCCUCUCGUCGUGUAUGCCUCGCCUCGACACAGGCGCAACAUCUCCUCUCCCGCACGUAAAAAAGCAAGAAAAUGCUGCGCGCUGACGACGGGGUGAGCGUGAGGAUGCGUGGUGGGCUGGUGUAGCGUCUUUUAGGUUGGGGGGUGGGGGGGCUGCAAAGGACUCGAGGCAAGAGGGGGGGAAAAAAAAAACCCAAACCCAAACAAAUACGCAUCCAGGAUGUCCACCACGCCUGCUGCGUCCGACGGGAGCCAGAGGAAGUCUCUGGAGGUGGAUUGCGACCACGUGCCGAAGGCGUCGGCCGCCGACUCCUCCUCCAGCGGCGGUGGCGGGCAGCUGAAGCUGAAGGACAGACACAAGCUGCUGGAGGAAGCCUUCCAGCAGGACGUGGAGCAGUACCUGUCCACCGGUUACCUCCAGAUCGCCGAGAGGCGAGGGCCAAUAGGCAGCAUGUCGUCCAUGGAGGUCAACGUAGACAUGCUGGAGCAGAUGGACCUGAUGGACAUGUCGGACCACGAGGCGCUCGACGUCUUCCUGCACUCGGGCGGAGAGGACAACAGCGCCGCCUCGCCGGUCGCAGGCCCCGAGUGUUUGAGCGCCGAGAUCAGCCUCGCGGUUCCCGAGCUGCGCCGCAAGCUGUCGCCGGCGUGCGCCCUCGAUGCAGACGAGGAAGACGACGGCGAGGAAGAGGAGGAUAAAGAAGAGGAGGAAGGGGCCAGGAGGACCAUGAGGAGGAGGAGGAGGAGGAAGAGGGCGACCCCGCCGGCACUGACGCCUGACCGCCAAGACGGGUCCCCCAAGGUUUGAUGAAGCGGGUGGGUGUGAGGGGGAGGUGGUGGACGGAAAUAACAUGCCCCCCGCCCCCCCUGCUCCCCCCCACCCUGCGACUGCCACAUGACGUGUGCCUUAAAGAGCACACAACAAGUUUAUGACCUUUAUGAUCAGCACAACAGCUCGGGUCCACAUGUUGUGUUAUGAUUUGGAUUCUGAAGUACAAAAAGUGCUGAAAAGAAGCACAAGCGUACAAACGUGACAUGAAACCUACUGGACACUUUGUCAGUGUCGACAUCACUGAGGAAAAAAAAAAUGUGAUGACAACCAUAGAAGACGAAAUGGCCCUUACCUUUGCUAUUUGCUUUUUUUCUUAAGCUUCCGCGUUGCCCUUUGUGGGCUGCAAUGUUUCAACCUGAGCCAUAGCUUCCAGAUUCUCCACGUGGACCAAAUCUUAUUGUGUAUUUGAAAAGUUGGCACUUUGAUUCUGUGUGUCUGUGCGGGCCGAGUGAAGAGUCGUUGAUGAUUUUGAGUGUGUUGUGUACAGUAUAACUUUUGUGUAGUGCACAUUGUUUCCCUCCGGAGAAGAGUGAAAUAAAAAGGUCGCCUGAG